GCCAGGCUGACCUCCACCCCCAUCCCUGGCCUCUGCCUCCAGGCACCUGGCUUGCGGGUCCUCGCAGGAGCCAUGGACCCCCGAGAUUUCUGGGGAAAGAGUGCCAAGCUCUGGCUGUGCCCCAUUCUGCUCUUUGUUGCCUGUCUUGGCUUCUACAGCAAUGUUUUCAGCCUGACUCCCAGGUGGCAGAGCAAAGAGUCUCAAAGCCCCGAGGCCCAGCAGCUGCAGGAGAGCUCUCUCCAACCAGAGAGCCUGCCCUUGAGUGAAUGUGACUGCCACCUGGACACCUGCAGGAUACCCGAAGUACCCAGGUUGAUUUACCCCAAGGCCCAGGUCCUCAAACCCACGAGAGUGGACGUGCUGGUCAUGACUCCCUGGUUUGCUCCCAUCAUCUGGGAUGGGACCUUUGAUUCUGCUGUCCUGGAUGCACAGUUCAGAAACACCACCAUUGGCCUGACCGUGUUUGCCAUCAAAAAGUAAG